CCUCGACAACCGCCCUCGGGACCCCAGCCGCUGCGCCUACGCCCCGGGCCGCCCCCCACCCCCAGGGAGGCGCGCCGACUCCCCCAGCGACGUCGACCUGAUGGAGGUGAUCAAGAUUCCUGAGGUGGCAGGCAAGAGGUCCCUGGUGGAGGUGCUGUCGCAGGUCGUCAAGCUGGAGCGGUCUUCGUCGUCGUCGGCUUCGGAGAUGACCUCGAGGACGACCCCCGAAGCCCCGGAUAUAGUGACGUCCACGACCAAAGGGCGCGAGAGGAGGGUCGUCACGGCCAGGAGGGCGAUAGGAGGCGGAGGAGGAGGUCUAGGAGGCGGCGGAGGAGGAGGAGGAGAGGUGAAAAUAGGAGCCGAUGUCGCCACCCUCGCCAUCUUGUGCCAACACUAUGCCGAGCUUGUCCACGCUCUCAAGGAGGAGAACUACCUGCUCUCGUGCGCGCGCAGCCCGCUGCCCACCACGCCCAGGAGCACCCUCAACUACCGGGGCACGGCCACCGACCCGGGGGCGCGGGGGCCGGGCGGGGGCAGCAGCGGGGGGCGGACCAGGACCUCCAGGACGGCCUUCUCGUGGGAGCCCGAGGCCGUGGCGGGCGUGGAGCAGCCGCAGCCCCGUCAGGUGGGCGAGGACGAGGCGGUCAUCCGCGCCACGACGGAGGAGAACUCGAGGCUCAUCUCGGACCUGCGCGUGCCCGGGUCGCCGGCGGGCAUCCGGGCACACAGGACCUCCUCGGAGUCCAGGGAGUGGAACUGCGGCGACGCCAAGUCCCCGAAGAGGAGCCCCGGCCGCGGGAAGCAGAAGGAGGAGCCCCGAGGACGGGCAGGGGCCAGCCCGAGGCGCUGGUCCGGGAGCGGAAGCCGUGGACGCUGA